CUUAAUUCAAUAAUAUUAUUUUUGUUGUUUAUAGAUUAAAAAAAAGAACAAACACAUCUAGCUACUAUUAGUCUCCUUCAUUCUCUGCAUUAUCAGCUCAUAUUGCUAAAUCAAAAAAUCUGUCUUUCUUCUCCAAAGAAGACUUCUCAACCACAUUAGAGAAUUUGAAGAUUUUUUUUAGGACUUUUUGCAUUGCGAAAAGAUAUCACCAUAGCGAUAUGGCUAGUGAAGCACCAAGUUGGGCGGAUCAAUGGGGAACCGGAGGAUUUGGAGAGAUGGCCGUUGAUGAGAACACCAACAGCAAGAAAGAUGCAGGAGGUAAGAACUCUGGCCAAACCAAAUCGGCCAAGAUUGUUGAUCUCAUAACUUUCAAGUGGGUGAAGAAUCUUGUCCAUAAGAAGAAGAAAGACUCUGAUUCUUGAAAUAAGAAGAAGAGAAAUCUUGAAAUCUUGAAAUCUUUUUCUCCUUUCGAAAGAAAUUGUUUCUUUCUAAGAUCUCAAUUUUAUCGUUGUAUUUAAAUUUGUUUAUUUGUCUAUGAGUUUCAUGUGAUAUGAGUUAAUGCGUUUUGGUGCA